AUGAACUCCUCCAAGAAAGUGACCAAAAAUCGAGAGACCCGGGCAGCCAGAGCAGCCAAAAGAGCCCAAAUCAAGAACCAGCAGAAGUCCCAGACUGCAAGCACCAUCAUGACUUCCUCCUCCCGUAACACCAAGAAUGAUCCACCACUACUACAUAACAAGGCAUUCAUGGCUGUAGUCAGAAUGACAAAGUUUCACACCGAUGCUGGCGCUCAUCUUUACCAUAUGGUCUUCGACAACGGCAAAGCCCAUCUCGCAAAGGUUCCUGAGCUUCUCGACCUAAUCACUCUUGAUGCUUUGCAUUGGUACGAGCAUACUCUCUUCAAGACCACCGCAAAGUGGAGGGUCGACACCACCGAGACCAUCCCCGAGAGGUUGAGACUCCAAAUCGACUCCGAGAGAGUCUUUCCAAAGUUUAUAGUGCCAAAGGCGUGCAGGAAGAGGGCGUGCUUCAUCUGCAGGAACCAGAACGGCUAUCUUAACUACAACAACGGCGAGUCCGAGGUCUGGAAGCAGAAGAGUCAGGAAAAAGAGAGAAAGAGGCGUGAGCUUGAGGAAAAGAAAAGGCAGCAAAGACUGGAGGCCCAGAUGGAUGCGGAAAACGAUGGGUAG